AUGGAAUGGAGUGUAGAUCUCCAGGUGUACAACGAGGCUACAGAGUUCGUUGCUUUCUGCGCCGUUAGAGUCACUCAGGUGCUUUUGGUUGCUAAUUUGGUGGCUGUUCUCGUGAAUCCUAGAAUUAGGCUUUUCGGAGAACUCUCUAUGAUCUGCUUGUUCCUUAUCUUCUUCGGUAGCGUCGGAUCUCUAUUUUACAACUUGCUCAUUGGAACCGCAUGGAGCAGCAGCGCAUAG